CUGCCUCAAAGCUUCGCAAUCCAUGGCCUCUUCAACCCCACAAAUUUCUCCAUGUGAAACCCAGAAUUCCUUCACCAAUGCCGCCAAGUCAUUCAAUUUCGAAGAGAAACACGCAAACAGAGGCCUCUCAGUCUACUCGCCACUGUCCGGCGAGAUUCAUGUCAUCGUAGGUCCCAUGUUUGCCGGGAAAACGACAACGCUGCUUCAUAGAAUCCAAUCCGAGAGCAUAACUGGCAGAGUAUUCCUUAAAGGCCUUGUCUGUUUUCUUCUCGGUGUUCCCAUAGUUACCACUGGAUCAUUACACAUUAGUCACGGUGACAUAUUCCCCUGCUUUCAGGUUGAGCUCCGUAAAAAUUCUCUGCAAUUGGAUAAAACUAUAAGGGGUCUUUGUUUAAGGGGAAGACCGAGUGAAGCUGUGCGACUGUUGUGGUGUCCAAGAGUGAUAAUGAAUGAAAACACAUUUGCUCUUCGCUUGCAAGAAUGCAUAUUCAGGAAAGAGUAUAGGAAGGGGAGGAGAAUUCAUGCACAAAUGAGAACUGCCUCUAUUCUGUUUGAUAAGUUAUUUAAGAAAAACUUGAUUUCCUGGAAUGCAAUGAUUUCAGGGUUUGUGCAGAAAGGGUGUGUUACAGAAAAUGUUGUAGUCAAUAGUGCCCUGAUGGAUAUGUACUUCAAAUGUAGCGGUCUGGAUGAUGGGCGUAAGGUAUUUGAUAAAUCAUUGGAUAGAAAUGUUGUUACUUGGACUGCUUUAAUAUCUGGGUAUGGCCAGCAUGGAAGAGUUAAUGAGGUUUUGGAAUCAUUUGAAAGAAUGAAAUAUGAAGGGUUUAGACCAAACUAUGUUACAUUUCUUGCAGUUGUCUCUGCUUGUAGUCAUGGAGGCUUGGUUGAUGAAGGUUGGCAUUAUUUCUUAUCCAUGACAAGAGAUUAUGGAAUCCAGCCACGAGGGCAGCACUAUGCAGCUUUGGUUGAUUUAUUUGGUCGUGCUGGGAAGCUGCAUGAAGCUUAUGAUUUUAUUCUUAACUCUUCUUGUAAGGAGCACUCAGUAACAUGGCGGCAACUGCUUGGAGCCUGUAGGAUUCAUGGAGAUAUGGAAGUUUGCUGCAAAUAAAUACUUUGAAUUGGACCCAGAAGAUGCUGGAAAGUAUGUGGUAUUAUCUAAUGCUUAUGCCACUUUUGGUUACUGGGAUAAUGUUGUAGAGGUAAGGGAGAUGAUGAAGAGUUCAGGGAUCAUAAAGGAGCCUGGUUAUAGUAGGAUGGAGGUUCAAGGGGAGGUCCAGUUCUUUUUAAGGGAUGAUAGAUCUCAUAAAUUAUCCACUGAAAUUUGUAAGUUAAUCAAAGUAAUGACUUCCUGUUUAAAGGAUGCUGGCUAUGUUCCUGAUUUAAGCAGCGCAUAGUUCUAUAUAAUUUUAUUUUUUUGGUGCAUAUUGCAACAAGGCAGAGCUGCUAGGAGGUUCCAAAAAUUACAUGUUUUUGCUGCACUGUUGUGUUAAGAUGUGUGAAAUCUUUGGAC